AUGUCUACAAAACAUGAUCCAAAUUCCGAGCAGGAAACAUAUGAAAUGAGAGAAAGCGCCUCGUCGCCGGCGGGCGAAGACAUCUCAGCUGAAGGGAAGCCCUGGAUGUACAAACCAAUCAAGAUCGGCACUUGGAAAUUCCCAUGGUUCGCCUCGCCAGAGGCACAGCUUGCUCUGGUAUCAUUUGUCUGCUUCCUGUGUCCAGGCAUGUACAAUGCCGUCACUGGUCUCGGUGGAGGUGGACAGAUCAAUCCGCACGAUGUGAACAAUGCCAACACGGCCCUGUAUAGCACCUUAUCGGUCGUCGGGUUUUUCGCUGGUACGUUUGCGAACAGAGUCGGAUUGAAAUUGACUCUUUCCUGCGGUGGUUUUGGUUAUCUUUUAUAUGUCGCUGCGUUACUUUCAUAUUCUCACAAUAAUAAUGUGGGAUUCUUGAUUUUUGCCGGCGCCCUCCUCGGUGUAUGUGCCGGUCUACUAUGGUGUGCUCAAGGAACUGUGAUGAUGAGCUAUCCGCUUGAAGAGCAAAAGGGCAAGUUCAUCGCUUUCUUCUGGGUGGUUUUCAACCUGGGCGGAGUUAUUGGUAGUUUGGUCCCGCUCGGUCAAAAUAUCCAUUCAACGGCAGGAGAAGUAAACGACGGAACAUAUAUCGCAUUCAUAAUCCUCAUGGCGAUCGGCUUCUUCUUGGCCUGGGGUCUGUUGGACUCCAAGUACAUCAAACGCAAGGACGGCUCCAAAGUUAUUGCCAUUAAACAUCCCACAUGGUCGACCGAAUUCAAGGGUUUGUUUGUGACUUUGAAACACGACUCGUAUAUUAUCUUGCUCUUCCCCAUGUUCAUGGCAAGCAAUUGGUUCACAGCAUACCAAUUCAAUAGCGUAAACGGGGCCUACUUCAAUAUUCGCACACGCUCCUUGAACAGUCUACUGUACUGGCUCUGCCAGAUGAUUGGAGCAUUUGUCUUUGGCCAACUACUGGACAUGAAGCGCUUCUCACGCAGCAUGCGAGCCAAGCUCAUCUUUGGAUUGCUUUUUGUCCUCACAAUGGCCAUCUGGGGAGGCGGCUACGCUUUCCAAAAGGGGUAUGAUCGCUCUGUGGCGCCCACCAUGGAUUGGAGCUCGUCUGGAUACGUUGGACCCAUGUUUCUUUACAUGUUUUAUGGCUUUUACGAUGCCUCUUUCCAGACCUUUUCGUACUGGAUCAUGGGCUCCUUGAGUAAUAAUAGUCGCAAGCUCGCCAACUUUGCCGGCUUUUACAAAGGUAUUCAAUCAGUUGGCCAAGCUGUCACCUGGCGAAUGGAUGCCUUGGAAACGCCAUUCAUGAACGAAUUCGCUUCCUGCUGGGGAAUUCUCGUUGGGUCCUUAUUGGUUGCGAUUCCUGUAGUUUUCAAGGUCAAAGACACUACCGAUGUCGAAGAAGAUCUUAAGUUUUCGGAUGAGACGAUCCAAGAGGUUGCUCCGGAGCAGGGGAAGUAG